AUGACGACACUAGUAGCCUCCCCGACACCGCACCCCCCCACGACGACAUCGCACCCCUACACCUGCAACACCUGCCAGGUCGCCUUCAAGUCGUCCGAUGGCCAGCGAAACCACAUGCACACCGACUGGCACCGAUAUAAUCUAAAAAGAAGAAUCGCAGAAUUACCUCCAAUAACCUCCGAACUCUUCGCCGAGAAGGUCUUGACCUCUCAAGCCGCUGAUCGAGCUGCUCGUGAUCGUGCAAGCUUUGAAAAACCAUGUCAGCCCUGUGGGAAAGUCUAUUACUCUCAAAACGCAUAUAACAAUCAUGUCAACUCUCAGAAGCAUAGGCAGAGAGUUCAUGCUCUUACGAGGUCUGGUUUGAUUAAUGAUGGAACUGAAAGUGUUAUGAGUUCUACUUUUUCUAUGGACGACACCGAGGAUGGGACUUCUACGCCUGUUCCUCCUGCUUCUUCUGCUGUCAAGGAGGAGGAUGCUGCUGCUGCCAAAGCUGAGCUGUCUUCUUUAGUCUCCAACCUCUCUAUAUCAAACUCUUCCAAACAACCACCAAACUCGCAAAUCGAUAAAGGAAAGGAAGAUGAUGAGGAAGACGACGAAAGUCUCCCUUCCCUGCCGAUAACGGAAUGUCUCUUCUGUGCUCAACCAUCUCCAACUCUUCAACAAAAUCUCACCCAUAUGUCAAAACUUCACGGCCUCUUCAUCCCCGAACAACCAUUCCUUGUUAAUCUAGAAGGUCUAAUCCGCUACCUCGGUCAGAAAAUCUUUGUAGGCCACACAUGUCUCUAUUGCAACAAAUCAAAGGGUGGAUUGGACGGCAUAAGAACCCAUAUGCGAGAUAAAGGUCACUGUAUGAUCGCCUUCGAAACCGAAGCCGAAAUGCUAGAAAUAGGUGAAUUCUACGAUUUCAGGUCGACCUACAACCCAGAUGACGAAGAAGACGAAUGGGAAUCCGAUGAAGAUGGAGAGGAAGGUGAGGGACAAGAAACAUGGGAAGACGAAAUGGGUAAUAAAACAGCAGCCGACAAAUCCUGGGAAACAGACUCCGACGCUUCCUCCUGCGAUUCUGCUGAAAUCGGUUCCUUAAAGGUAGCUUCGGUACUAGGGGAGGCCGGAGGACCCGGUAAAGGUCGAAAACUAUCUCACCACAGAACCAGCAGUUCUCACCACUUGGAAGAUGGAUGGCAUUCCCAUGCUCAUAGCCACAGCCAUACACACGCUUCUCACCUUCCGCAUCAUCAUAUGCAAGCUGUGUAUGUAACGGAGACGGAAAUGCACCUUGGUAACGGCCGUAGCGUGGGUCAUAGAAGUUUGGCUAGAUACUACCGUCAAAACCUGCGUGAUCAUCCAUCAUACGGCGAACAGGAGCGGGAUGCACUAGCCAUCGAAGACGGCGAUGCAGAGGAAGCUGCUGACGAAGGGGAAACUGAAGAAGGAACGGAUACAAGGUUAACACAAGCUCAACGACGGGCCAACAAAGCUGCGCUUAUCAGCCGAGGAAAUGGGGGUCAAGGACUAGCAUUGGCCAGUAAAACUGCUAAAGAACGAGCAAAGAAGAUGGAAAAGAAUGAUAAAGCGUUCGAACAGCGGGGUAGAGACAGAUUCCAUGCCAAGAUUGAGAAACAAGCCAACAAACAGAAGCAUUAUCGGGAUCCACUUCUCCAGUGA